GGGACAGCGGCGAGCGGACCCUCGCAGAGCCGCCGCCAUGCUCCGGGUUCUGCUCUUCCUCCCGCUCCUCAUCCUCGGCCGUGCCAUCGCUGUGUCUGUGGUCACUCCAGGGCUGGCUGCCGGUGACCAGGGGCUGCUGACCGAGCUGCUGGGGCUGCCAGAGCCCAUCCCGCCGCGGGCACUGGGGGUCCCGUGCCAGACCCUUGGUCCCGACACCCUGCCCGGCUUCUCCCGGCUGCCACCACUGCCCCGUGGCCUGGCCCGUGCCGCCCUGGCCCUGGCACUGCGUGGGGCUGGCUGUGCCCCCCAGGCUGAAGCCGAGGCGCAGGAGCUGGUGCGGGAGCUGGGGACCCCCACGACCACGGCGCUGCUGCGGGGGCUGGCGCGGCUACCGGGCACUCCGGCCCCCCGGCCACUGGCCCUGCUGCUCCUGGGCCUGGCACGCCCGGGGGGCUCUGCCUGUGUGGAUCCCACCCAGCUCCAGACCCCCGUGCCCGGCACGGAGCCCACGCCACCCUUGGGUCGGAGCAUCCGGAGAUCGCCGGGGGUGCGGCUGUGCCACGGUGCCGUCCGGCGCCGGCGGGAGGACGAGGACACAGACGCCUGCAACCCGGCGGGGGAGCAGAAAGCCCACCAGGUGAUCGAGUGGGUGCCAGGAGUCAGCAUCUUCUACAACCUGGGCACCAGCGUCUACUUCGCCUUCCAGGGCUGCAAGGCCACGGCGUCCACGCGGGCGCUGGAGGCCGCCGAGGAUUUGGGCUACGCCGGGCUGGCCGCGCUCACCGGGGGCCUGGGGGGCCCCGUGGCCAUGGGGGUGCAGAUGGGGCUGCAGCCGGGGAUCAAGGCCGGCGUGCGGGCGCUCAUCGGGUACUUCACCUCGGCCGGGGAGCCCUCGCCGGUACCCACUGCCCACAGCGGCCCCGUGGUCAUCGUCUGA